AUACAUUUCAACUUCCCUCCCAACAAAUGCAAACCCAACCUGGACUAUCCCAACCCUCCAUCUAUGCUCUGUUCUGUUGUUGCUUUGUGUGACCAGACCAGAGCCUCACCCUCACCCUCCCUCUCGUGUGUCCCCCACUCGACAUUGAACACAGUUUAGUUACUUAUCAUGUAUGACUAGAGAGUAGAGAGUAGAGAGAGAGAGAGAGCAGCGUCACUGUGGUGUGGUGGGGUGGGUGUGCUUAUCUAAUAGAUUCUCUAUAAAUAAUAAUAAUAAUAACACCAGUAGCACUACUUGCUAAUUGCUACUGCCAACGUUCAAAAACCGCAUGUGACUGUGGAUGCGGAUGCGGGGCAGCUCCUUUUAGGUUUCACCAAUCACCAACCCAACCCAAUCUCACCACUACUACUGCUACUACUGCCUUAACUUAUUUAUGUUUCUCUUGUCAGCAGAGCAGAUGAUGAUCAAGGCAAUGGCGAUGGCAAUUCAUCAGGUGCAGCAACUUGUGGGGGUGGGGGUGGGGGUGCUGCUGCUGCUGCUGCUGAAUGCAGGAGGAGGAGGAGUUGAGUGCAGGAAAGGCCGUGUGUUGGAGUCCUUUGAUUACUCUGCCAUCAACUGCAGGGCUCACAGUGCUUCAAUAGAGGAGUUCGGAGGAGUCGGCGAUGGGGUCACCCUCAACACUCGAGCCUUUCAAGCAGCAGUCGAUCACCUGAGCCGCUAUGCCUCGGAUGGCGGCGGCCAGCUGUUUGUCCCUCCUGGCAAAUGGCUCACUGGUUCCUUCAAUCUCACCAGCCAUUUCACUCUCUACCUCCACAGGGAUGCUGUCCUCCUUGCUUCCCAGGAUAUUAACUCCUGGCCUGUUGUGGAUCCCUUGCCCUCCUACGGCCAUGGAAGGGAUGCAGCAGGGGGUGAGAAUGGCACAGUUGAUGGGCAGGGCGAUGUGUGGUGGCAGCAAUUCCACCGGAAGAAGCUGAAAUACACCAGGCCUUACCUCAUCGAAAUAAUGCACUCGGACAACAUUCAGAUAUCCAAUCUCACGUUUCUCAACUCUCCCUCCUGGAAUGUCCAUCCUGUCUACAGCAGCAACAUAAUCAUUCAGGGUCUCACCAUCCUAGCCCCUGUAACUUCUCCAAACACUGAUGGGAUCAAUCCAGAUUCUUGCACAAACACAAGAAUUGAGGACAACUACAUCGUGUCGGGGGAUGACUGUGUGGCAGUGAAGAGCGGGUGGGAUGAGUAUGGGAUCAGCUACGGCAUGCCUACGAAACAACUAAUCAUCCGGCGCCUCACCUGCAUCUCACCUUACAGUGCUGCCAUAGCACUUGGGAGUGAGAUGUCCGGCGGGAUCCAAGACGUGAGGGCGCAGGACAUAACCGCCCUCAACACCGAGUCGGGGGUGAGAAUCAAGACGGGGGUAGGGAGGGGUGGCUAUGUCAAGGACAUAUACGUCAAGGGCAUGAAUCUGCACACCAUGAAAUGGGUCUUCUGGAUCACGGGGAACUACGGCUCCCACGCUGACAACCACUAUGACCCGAAUGCGCUCCCGGAGAUUAAGGGGAUUAACUACCGGGACAUCAUGGCAGAGAACGUGUCCAUGGCAGCCCGGCUGGAGGGGAUAUCCGGCGACCCAUUUACUGGCAUUUGCAUAUCCAAUGCAACGAUAGGGAUGGCCAGGAAGGCUAAAAAGUAUCCGUGGAGUUGCAGUGAGGUGGAAGGGAUCAGCAGUGGUGUGGUGCCGACGCCUUGCGGCCUAUUGGCGAGCCAGGGAGAGGAGACUCAACCAACCAUGUGCGAUUUACCUUCGGACACCCCGCCUACGCCUAUUGAUUCGAUACAGUUACAGAAAUGCUCUUACAGGACGAUGAACUACUUGUAACGGCCUUGUCAUGUCAUGUCAUGUCAUGUAUUACUAGUGUUGUAUGCAAGCAAUUCUUGAGACAAGGAAAUAGAAAGACAGCCACAGCCAUGCAUGUCCAUAUAAAACCUUAACAGUCAGUCAAAUGAAGAGCAGAUACAAAGC